UGUCUCUCCUCUCCGUCUCCUCUCUCACCAGCUCCACCGCCGCCAUCUCCUCCUCCUCCUCCUCCUCCCACUUCGCCUCCGAUCUCUCCGCGCUCCGGCGAGCCGUUGCCCACCAACCAGCCGGGAGCCAGCCCCCACGCGCGUCGGUGCCGCCCUCGCGAGGUCGCGCCGCAGCCAUUAGAUAUACUGACUUAUUCCUUGCCUCCGCUAGUCCGCUUCCUCCCGAUCUGACGGAUCAGCAAAGCCCCACUGACCAGGGAGCCCGCUCUUCUCCCCCUCCGCCGCCGCGGGCCUCCUUUCUCCCCAGCCGCCUCGCUUGGCCUCGCCUGCCUGGCGGCCGCCGCCGGUUUAAGCCGCUCGUCUCGUACUGGUGCGACGGCUUGUCCAGAAGGUCUGCGAAGUCCGAACCCUAGGAAUUGUUGUUGGCGGAGGUUGGAGCUCGCUGUAGCCCGUGGGAUCGAGGCAGUAAUGCGCGGAUCGGGGCGGGCGGCGCGGCCAUGUUGGGCCGCAUGAACUGCCUCGUCGGCGGCGGCGUCGUCGACCAGGGCAGCCCGCGCGGAGCGGCCAGGAGGGUCUCGCCGGCGUCCGGCCGCGUGCACAACGCCGCCGCCGCGGGGCCGGCGGACAAGGGGGCGGUCUGCUUCCGCCCGCCGCACGUCAUGGAGACGGUGCACGAGGUGGCCGUCUACAUCCACCGCUUCCACAACCUCGAUCUGUUCCAGCAAGGAUGGUACCAGAUGAAGAUUAGUGCAAUGUGGGAGGAGGGUGCUAGUGGUGGCAAGACACCGGCUUCGCCCGCUAGGGUCGUCCAAUACGAAGCUCCUGAUGUCGGUGCGGAUGAUGCGUUAGGCAUUUGGAAAAUAGAUGACGCUGAUAAUAGCUUCUACACACAGCCAUUUCGAAUCAAGUAUGCUCGACAGGACAUCUACCUAUCAGUUAUGGUGUCUUUCAACAUAUUCAACACUGAAGAAGAGGGCCCAGCAGUUUCUGCCGUGAUAUUAAAGUAUGAGCUUAUAUAUGCCCCAACACUGGAGAAUGGGUCUGAUAUUCAAGGUUCUAGUGUCACAUCUUCAGCCGCUGUGCAUGAAUUUAGGAUCCCGCGUAAAGCACUCCUGGGCUUACACACAUAUUGUCCAGUUCACUUUGAUGCCUUCCAUGCUGUCCUCGUCGAUCUGACAUUGCAUAUAGUGUACCUGAAAGCUGGUGCAAAUAAAUCAUCAUUGAAGAUACCAGAACAAGGUUUACACCCAGCAUCACAUCACAUUGUAAAGGCAUUAUUAACUUCAAGGGAAAUGCUACUUGAAGAACUGAAGAAAAUAAGUGAUGCUGUUGGUAAAACAAUUGAAGAUUUAGAUGUCACUGACUUAAAUCUUGGUAAAUAUGAGUCACUUCAGCCUCCAAAAUCAGUCCUUCCUGAUUCUGGUAAAGUGUUCCCAGUAACUACAAAGGGUGUUGGGCACUUGGCUGGCAUUUUACAUGACUUUCUGGAGCGACCCAAUGGUGUUGUUGAUGGCACUAGCGAUAUGCUGUAUACUCUUUCCAAUGAAGAGUUGUUGGAAUUGUUUCUUACCGUGAGCAGCCAACUUUCACUUCUAUGGAACACGUUCUUGAAAUUUCAUAGGAUAAAUAAAACCAAGAUAUUGGAUUACUUGCGUGAUAUUUGGGCCAUUGACAGGAAAGCAGAGUGGUCAAUAUGGACUAAUCACUCGAGAAUCGAGAUCCCACACCGCUAUUUGCGAAGUAUCGGUGAUGACCCAUCUCAUCGCCAUUCCCUUCUGAGAGUUUCUGGUUCAAGGAAGUUCCAUGAAGAUCCUGUACAAAACUCUGCAUCGCGGGCUGAACUACAUAGGAAAAGCAUAGCACAAAUGAAGAUCAACACAAGGUCUGUUCAAGAUAUGCAUAUAUAUGCCGAUCCUUCACGUGUUCCUGUCAUUCUUAUAGAACAGCAUGUUAUGGUUGUUCCACAACAUGGUUCUAGCAAGGAUUUGCCAUCAACUUCUUCAGAACAGAAGGAUACUAUCGUACUACCUAAACUACAAGGAGAGUCUUCGGCUCAGAAAAAUACUAGUGGUAAAAAAGGUGGACGCAUAUUGCGAGCUGUCAUCUUUGUGCAUGGGUUUCAGGGGCACCAUUUGGAUUUACGUCUUGUUAGAAAUCAAUGGCUUUUAUUGGAUCCUGGAGCUGAAUGCCUAAUGUCCGAGGCUAACGAGGAGAAAACAUCUGGAGAUUUUAAAGAAAUGGGUAGUAGGCUUGCUGGGGAGACUGUUGCAUUCCUAAAAAAGAAAGUGGAUAAGCUUGCAAGAUAUGGAGGCUGCAAAGAAUUGAAGCUUAGUUUUGUUGGCCAUUCCAUUGGAAACGUUAUCAUCAGAACUGCCUUAGCAGAUCCUCAAUUAGAGCCGUACUUGAAGAACCUCUACACAUACAUGUCGAUAUCAGGACCUCACUUAGGUUACUGGUACAGUUCAAAUUCUUUAUUCAAUUCUGGUCUUUGGCUUCUAAAAAAGCUCAAGGGAGCACAAUGCAUCCAUCAGCUCACUUUCAGUGAUGAUCAAGACCCCCUGAAUACCUUCUUUUAUAGGCUUUGUAAGUUGAAGACACUGGAAAACUUCAAAAAUAUCAUAUUGUUAUCGUCACCUCAGGAUGGGUAUGUACCAUAUCACUCCGCAAGAAUCGAGCUCUGCCCUGCUGCAUCAUCCGACAAUUCAAGGAAAGGCCAAGUCUUCACAGAAAUGCUCAAUAAUUGCUUAGAUCAGAUCCGUGCACCCUCGUCUGAAACCCGGAUAUUCAUGCGGUGCGAUGUCAAUUUUGACCAAUCUGCCCAUGGACGAAACCUCAACACCAUGAUUGGCAGAGCAGCCCACAUAGAGUUCCUGGAGACUGACAUCUAUGCCAAAUUCAUCAUGUGGUCCUUCCCUGAGCUUUUUCGAUGACAAUGUCUCUUCUUUGGAAUACCGUCAUACUCAGAAACCAAAACCAAAUACUGCACUACUGACCAAGCAAGGAAGAUAAAUAUUUCACCAGAGUGAUCCUUCACUCAGAUGGGUAGCAGCACUGUAAAGUUCACUAGCAGCGAUGUUUUUUUCCAGCUUGUUAGGUUUGAUUGUAUAAAUAGUUGAUUUGUUCAUUUUCGAUUUAUAGCGCGGUAGAUGUACCACCUCUGCAUGUCGUCUGGUGUAUUUUUAACACUGCCAGUUUAGGAGGGUCUAACAAUCCAGUGAGAGUAUUGUCAAAAUAAGCAUGAUAUAUGUGUUUGAAUUUUAUCAUCAUACCGUGGUGAAAACCUCAGAUCAUUUGUAUUGUCUGGCAAAACCUGGAAACCCCAGGGCGCUAUUUCCUUUC